UGUUUGUUUCACGACUUCUAAUAUUUAUAUAAAAAAACUUAAUUUAAAUAUGAACCCAUAAGUAAAUUUUAUAAGAUAAUUUUUUUGGUUUUUUCCUUAAAUUAGAAAGCAUUUUAUUCUCAAUAUGGUGGUGACUAGCGAAUACAUCACAUGCUGGCCGUUAUGACACCCAUUCCCAAUGAACACGACGGCUAAUUAUGUAUACCUUUCGUAUAUAAAUAGAAGCUUUGUGCAAUACUCUUUCAUUGCUCCCUUCAUAUAUCCAAAUAUGGCCUCUCCACGAAUGCAAUCACACAUGCUUUCCAUUUUAGUCAUAUUUCUUUGUGUUUUUAAAACCUAUGUUUCGGGUCAAUUUGCUAACUUUAAUAAGUUAGUGUUACCUCCGGGUGUCACCGGCCCUGGCUCAGUCACAUUUGGAGGACUUCUAGCCAACGGACCCUUCACAACCGUCACUGAUGGCAGGAUUUUGAGAUGGGCAGGCCCUACCAUCGGUUUUGUGGACUUUGCAUACACUUCACCAACAAGGACAAAACAAUUUUGUGAUGGUACAACAGAUCCAGAGAAAGGGCCAAUAUGUGGACGACCAAUUGCACUUAGCUAUCAACAUGUAACCGGGCUUCUUUAUAUAGCUGAUGCAUUUUUUGGACUUCUAGUUGUGGGUCCCACCGGUGGGCUCGCAAUUCAACUUGCCGGAGGAUUUAAGUAUGCUAAUGGCAUAGACAUUGAGUUAUUAACAGGAAAUGUUUACUUCAGUGAUGGUAGUUUGACUUAUGAUAUUAGAGAUAUUACCAAACCAGGAUUUCAGCCAGAUUCAACUGGGAGGUUAUUGCGUUACAACCCAGUUACCAGACAGGUGUCAGUUUUGCUGAGUGGUCUCUCUGGCGGUGGUGGUCCUGCCGUGAGUGCGGAUGGUACAUUUGUUCUUGUACCUGAGAUUAAUGCUAAUCGGAUUUCUAAAUAUUGGUUGGUGGGGCCCAAAGCAAAUACGGUGGAAGUUUUGCUACGUACCACAGGGAAUCCUAAUAAAAUAAAGCGAGCAGAAAGAUUAGGGGAGUUUUGGGUUGGAAUUUCGGUUGGAUAUAUUCCAAGAAUGGCUGUCAUUCUACCUGAAGGGAUGCGGUUCAAUUCAAAUGGGGUGGUGUUGCAAACGGUGUCGUUUGCUAAAGAAUAUGUUAAUGUGCCGGUUAGUUUGGUUCAAGAACGGAAUGGGAAACUCUAUGUGGGGUCUCGUUUCACCAAUUUCAUUGGUGUGUACUCUAACUAGACACGUGUGUCUUGUACUAUGAAAUAAAGGUGAAAUGAUGUUAAAAUAAAAAUGCAACCUAAUAUAAAGGUUGAUUUCAA